AUGGACUCGGCGGGCGCAAAGUCGGUCAUGUCCAACGACAUGAAGGAGCUCCACGAGGGCAAGGAGGAGACGUCCAACACCAUCCGCGGCCACAAGGCCGCCAUUUCCAACCCGAACACAGGCGAGGCGGCCAAAGAGAACAGCGAGCGCGUCAUAAAGGAGCUGGGUGGCAGCGACACGCAGGAGGCGGUCAGGAACAAGCCUGUUAGCAAGCAGGCGGCGGACGAGCUGUACGGCACGAGAGCUGCGGCUGGUUAA